AUGGCACGAAUGAACACUGGAGACGCGUCUUCGGCGAGCGAAGGACCGGGGACCUCGCCGAUUGCUCCCAUGACCGCGACCGACGAGCGCGUUCAUGUCUCCGAGGGUGCCGAUGUGCGGAUCCAAGUCGUCCCCGUCAAGGCAAAGGUAGACUCGUCAACAUCAACCGCAUGUCUCGCGGUCGUUCCUACUAUCGCUACGUCGGGCAAGACCAAGGGGCGCCGCUUGAAGCGCAAAGCGUCCGUCAUCGACUCCGUCAAGCCCGAGGGCAACGCGCCCCAAGAACGCGCCCCUCCCACCAAGAAGCCGCGCAAGCCACGCGUCCCACGUGCAAAGCCCACAGCGCGCCCGGUCGACCCCGCCGUACCCAAGAAGCGGCGGGGGCGACCGCCGAAAACCCGCACAGAGGCUCCCGGCGCGCGACCUCCGUCGCCUCCCCUCCCGACGUUCCGUCCUCCCUCACUCCCGGCCUAUCCAGACGACGCCCCAAUCGCGCGAGCCCCGUCGUUCGACGGCCCGAAGCACCCGCCGCUCGCGCGCGGGGGCUCGAUCUCGAGCGUCGGCGCGCUCUCGGGCCUCGCCUGGGACCCGGCGGGGUUCGCGAACAUGCACCUGAGCGCGCUGCCGUGGCUCGCGGGCGCGGCGUACGCGCCGGUCCCCAUCCACUUCGCCGAGCGCGAUGUGCUUUUCGGUGAGCAUUAUCCCCUUCUAUGGGACGUGACGGAGGACGCCGAGCUGACGAUCGCGCGCGGUACAGAUCCCUUCAGCAGCGCCGACGACCCGGGACGUGCGACGACCUUUCCGACUGCGUACGUUCCCAUUCCCGUCGGCGUCGCAUGCUUUGGACGGUACUAG